AUGAAAGCCUUUGUUGCCCUCUCGCUUCUCUUAAGCCCGUUUGGCUCUUCCUCUCCUGUCGGCUUAAAACAUGAGAUCAACGCCCCGGAGCAGAUACGAGUCGGUUACUUCGAAGGGGAUACCUUUUACUCCCCGCCCUUUGCCCCUCCCCGUCCAGAUAGUCACGAGGAGGAAUAUGAAGCAGGAGAAGGUCUAAUAUCCGAUAUGGCCAUGCCAGACUGGCCUACAACUCAUCUUCUAGCACGCCGUCUCCUAGCACUGUCUUCUACAGGCAUACUCUCUACCGUCUUCCCGAAAGGUUUUAGAGACCCCGCCCUCGCCGGAGUACCUGUCGGUCUGCCUGACUACAUCGCAGACUGCUCUGCUUACGAUAAUAACACCUCUUUAACAAACAUCCUCGGACGGGGGAACCCACUCAUCCUCGCGUUAAAUGUUGGCACAUCGUUUAGGAACACAAGGGCCGGAUCAAGAAUCUCUUUGUCGAUAGACUGGUGGCAGCACUUGACUCCUCCUAAACAGGGGGAUGACCCUCUAGAUCACGUACCAGCUGCUUUACCUCGUCUUGCUCUUAUCGGCCACCUCGAAGAGAUCUCGCUCGCCUCGCUGUCUGUCGGUGAUCGAACGGCCAUCGAAAAGUGCUUCUUAGCGGGACAUCCAGAUUCGAAAAACUGGCUUCCAGGUUCCCCCAGUUCACCCCACAGCGGAUAUUGGGCACGACUGGUAGUGGAGAAGGCGUUAUGGGUGGGUGGUUUUGGUGAUAGGGCGAGGAUCGGCUGGCUCGAUAUGGAUGUUUGGAAGGUUAUGAAGGAGAAGGGCAAGGACGGUGAGAAGGGCUGGGCUGAUGUCAAAUUACCAGGCGAACAAGGAGCAUAG